GUGUGUUCGGCUUUGUAUGCGUUUUCUCCGACACUUCAACAGUCAAGUGACCGUUACGCAUUUUAUUUUGUUUAGCUCGCUCCGGCCGUGUGAUAACACCUCGUUUAUCCGUUUUCGUUUUCGUUUCAUAAGCCAUUUUGAAAAAUGACCAAAAUACCAGCCGUGGGCAUAGAUCUGGGCACCACUUACUCGUGUGUGGGGGUGUGGCAGCACGGAAAAGUGGAAAUCAUCGCCAACGACCAGGGAAAUCGGACGACACCCAGCUACGUGGCGUUCACGGACUCGGAAAGGCUGAUCGGAGAUGCCGCCAAGAGUCAGGUGGCCAUGAAUCCGCGGAAUACGGUUUUCGAUGCCAAACGUUUAGUAGGUCGUAAAUUCGACGAUCCAAAAAUACAAGCGGACAUGAAACACUGGUCGUUUGAAGUGGUUAAUGAGGGUGGCUUGCCCAAAAUAGCCGUCGAGUAUAAAGGCGAGAGGAAAAUAUUCGCCCCUGAAGAAGUUAGUUCGAUGGUGCUAACGAAAAUGAAAGAAAUCGCCGAAGUCUACCUUGGCGGAAAGGUCACCGACGCCGUGGUCACUGUACCGGCGUACUUCAACGAUUCCCAAAGACAAGCCACCAAAGACGCUGGAGCCAUCGCCGGACUCAACGUGCUGCGGAUAAUCAACGAACCCACGGCCGCAGCUCUGGCUUACGGUCUCGACAAGAACCUGAAGGGCGAGAAGAACGUGCUGAUAUUCGACCUGGGCGGCGGCACGUUCGACGUGUCGAUCCUGGCCAUCGACGAGGGUUCGUUGUUCGAAGUGAAGUCGACGGCCGGCGACACGCACUUGGGCGGAGAAGACUUCGACAACAGGUUGGUGACGCAUUUCGUCGAGGAGUUCAAGAGGAAGUGCAAGAAGGACAUCAGCGGAAACACUAGGGCCCUGCGACGACUGCGGACGGCCUGCGAGAGGGCCAAACGGACGCUGUCGUCGAGCACCGAAGCGUCCCUCGAGAUCGACGCCCUGCACGACGGGGUCGAUUUUUACUCGAAAAUCACCAGGGCCCGGUUCGAAGAAAUGUGCAUGGACCUGUUCCGGUCUACACUUUCGCCCGUGGAAAAAGCACUGGCCGACGCGAAAAUGGACAAGAGCAGCAUACACGACGUAGUGCUCGUCGGGGGUUCGACCAGAAUACCAAAGAUACAGAAAAUGUUACAGGAUUUCUUUUGCGGCAAAUCGCUAAACCUGUCCAUCAAUCCUGACGAGGCCGUGGCGUACGGAGCUGCCGUCCAGGCUGCCAUUCUCAGCGGCGAUACCAGUUCGGCCAUCCAAGACGUACUUUUGGUUGAUGUCACUCCCCUGUCGCUCGGCAUCGAGACAGCAGGUGGCGUAAUGACCAAACUUGUGGAACGCAAUUCUCGCAUACCGUGUAAACAACAACAAACAUUUACCACGUACUCCGACAACCAGGCGGCUGUCACGAUCACGGUGUUCGAAGGUGAACGAGCAAUGACCAAGGACAACAAUCUGUUGGGUACAUUUAAUUUGACGGGAAUCCCUCCCGCACCACGUGGUGUCCCAAAAAUCGAAGUCACGUUCGACUUGGACGCCAACGGUAUUCUCAAUGUGUCCGCCAAGGAAAUCAGCACGGGCAAGUCCGAAAGGAUUACCAUAAAGAACGACAAAGGUCGAUUGUCCAAAGAAGAUAUUGACAAAAUGUUGAAGGAAGCGGAGAUGUAUAGACAAGAGGACGAAAAACAAAAGGAGCGCGUUACCGCCAGGAACCAAUUGGAGAGCUACGCGUUUAGUGUCAAACAAGCGAUUGAAGAAGCUGGCUCGAAACUUCCAGAGACGGACAAGAAAGCGAUAUUAGAAAGCUGUAAAGCGGUGAUCACGUGGUUGGAGACAAACACAUUAGCUGAUAAAGACGAGUUUGAAGAUAAAUUGAAAGACCUGCAGAAAGAGUGUUCACCGAUCAUGACCAAACUACACCAAGCUGGUGCAAAAGGACCAAACGUCGAAGAAGUCGAUUAAACAGUUUAAAUUGUUUUCAAAAUGCGUUUGAUGGGAAUUGUUUACAAUUUUAAAAGAUUUAAUAAAAUUUAAUUACCAAUUUGAGAUUCACAUAAGAUAUUAUAAUAAGGUGCUAAACUGCUGAAUAUUGAGAUCAAUAUAAAAUUAAUGUUUUACUCAAACAUUUUAUAGAGCACAUAA